AACAACAUGGCGACUUGCACGGUUCGUGCUGCAGUGAGACGCUCACUACACACAUUGCUGAAAGACACUGUUCUGACUUCUGAUAAGAUCUGUCUUCUGUCGAGCAGAUGCACAGGUAAAGGUUACAGUCGUUGGAGGACAUGCAGUUCUUCUGCAUCAUCCUGCUCCUCUGACUCUCCGGACCCAGACAUUGUUGGACAGUUUGAUCGCCAGGUUCAGAGUGGCUUCCUAAGGACAGACUCACAUCAGAGGCUUGUUGUCAAGCGGCUGGCUCAGCUGCAGCACACGCUGAAAACAUACAGCAACAGCAUCUACCUGAACCCACCAGGGCUAAACUCAAAAGAUGACACCCGUCAGCCUCAGAAGGAUGGCAUUAAAACUGAAAAUGGUGAAAAGGAGGAACCCGUUUCACCAACGCUACCACCCCCGAAAGGCUUCUACAUUUAUGGAGAUGUUGGCACAGGGAAGACCAUGCUUAUGGAUCUGUUUUACUCCCGCGUGGAAAACAGUCGUAAAAAGAGAGUCCACUUCAACGGCUUCAUGUUGGACAUCCACAAAAGGAUCCAUCGGAGGAAACAAAGCCUGCCAAAACGAAGGCUAGGGAAAAUGUUCACCUAUGACCCCAUAUCACCGGUUGCCAUGGAGAUCAGCAGCGAGACCUGCCUCUUGUGUUUUGAUGAGUUUCAGGUGACCGACAUCGCCGACGCCAUGAUCCUGAAGCAGCUGUUUGAGACGCUGUUCAGAACCGGAGUGGUGGUGGUGGCCACCUCCAACAGAGCCCCUGAUGAUCUGUACAAAAACGGACUUCAGAGGGACACCUUCCUACCUUUCAUCGACGUGCUGAAGGAAUACUGCAACACCAUUUGUCUAGACGGCGGGAUUGACUACAGGAAGCUUGACCACCCUGCAGCAGGGAAACUCUACUACCUCACCGGGGAGCCUGGUGCAGAGGCCUCCUUGGAUGCACUGUUUGAGGAGCUGGCAUUAAGACAGAGGAGUGUUACAGGCCCUCGGGUCCUCUCUGUGCUGGGGAGAGACGUGACUCUAAGAAAGACCUGUGGCUCCAUCGCUGACUGUACUUUUGAUGAGCUGUGUGGAAGACCCAUGGGCGCCAGCGACUACCUGGAGAUGGCGCAGCUCUUCGACACCGUGUUCAUCCGCCACAUUCCCAUUCUGACUCUGAGUCUGAAGGACCAGGCCAGACGCUUCACCACCCUCAUAGACAACUUCUAUGACAACAAGGUGAGGGUGGUCCUUCUGGCGUCGGCUUCUCUGGACCGACUGUUUGUCCACACCGGAGGAGAUGAUGAGAGAGACCGGCAGCUGCUUGAUGACCUGGGCCUCAGCGGGGAGGCAGCAGAGCGUCUCUCUCUGUUCACGGCCGAGGAGGAGAUCUUUGCCUUCCAGAGGACCGUCUCUAGGCUGAUGGAGAUGCAGACAGAGGCCUACUGGGUGGAGGGAGACCGCAGUUACAGCAAGAUACAUGCAGACACCUAGCAUAUGCUAAAGAAACUUCUCGCAUGGCAGAAAUAGAAAAGAUCUGUUUUGUGAAAGGAAGCCACGGUAAACCGUUCUGAGGGAAUAAGCUGCGGCUUUUAUUCGCAGCAAAUGCAUCACCAAGCGCAGCACCUGUUUUGCCUUUAGGUCUGACUACUCGUUACCAUGCUAGUGUGCUUUUCCAGUUUGGUCCUUUUCUGAGAGGUGUGCUCUCUCCCCCUUGUGGGCUAUUUAUUUAAAAGAACACUCCAUAACAUGUCUAAAGCACAAGGAAAACCGGUGCUCACUUCACAGAGGGGAGGAAGCAAAGUGUCACUCAGUGCAGCUUUUUACUGCCCUCUAGUGGUUAAGAUGGGAAACAUGUUAAAUGUUGUCAAACAUUCUGUUUUUAUGGAAUAAUACCAGUUUCUGCACGUAUUUAAAUUGAACCUCGGUGGCAUAAAAUGUGGCACAUGAUGGUUCAACUGCAGGUCUGUGUAUUUGUGGGUAAAUGGCAUGCACCACUGCGGGCAGCAAAAUAUUUCCAUAACACUGUUCAGUUGUCAUUUUAAGAUGCAGUGUCUUAAUGAUAUGUAGCUCGAAUCUUUAUUUUGAAAAGUACGCACAAAACAAAAGAUUCAAUAUUGUACAGAAUUUAGCCCUGUUGUUGCAAAAUGAAUGAGUUUCUUCUAUGUGCAAAGAUGGACAUUUUUGUGGUGUUUUUACACAUUUUUCUUUUUGAAGGUUGUUUUUAUGCAACAGGACAAAGCAGAAAUAAGAAUAAAAUUAACAAAUGCUUUA